AUGGGUGACGUAGACAAAGGAGCUAAAGUAUUCCAAACUAAAUGCUCUCAAUGCCACACUGUUGAAGCGGGAGGCAAACACAAAGUUGGACCCAACUUGCACGGUUUAUUCGGACGUAAAACCGGUCAAGCUGCUGGUUAUUCUUAUACCGAUGCCAAUAAACAAAAGGGUAUCACAUGGAAUGAAACCACAUUAUUCGAGUACUUAGAAAACCCCAAGAAAUAUAUACCUGGCACUAAAAUGGUGUUUGCCGGAAUUAAGAAAGUAGACGAAAGAAACAACGUUAUUGCUUAUUUGAAAAAAGCUACCGCGUAA